UCGGAGCGGAGGCGCCUGUCCAGUUUACCUCUGAAUGAGGGACAACGCCAAAGGAUUUUGCCGCAGUGAACCACUUUUGUGCAAUGGCGGGUGAAUCAAAAGCUACAAGUAAUCCUUUGGAACAGUUCAUUUUGUUGUCUAGAAAUGCCAAAGGUCCAGCAUUAACUACACUUAUUAACCAGGUUUUGGAGGCUCCUGGGGUUUUUGUAUUUGGUGAACUUCUGGAAACACCUAAUAUACAGGAGCUGGCAAAUGGAUCACACGCUGCCUAUUUUGAAUUGUUGAAUGUGUUUGCAUAUGGAACAUAUCCUGACUAUUUAGCAAAUAAGGGGAGUCUGCCUGAAUUAACAUUAGCUCAGAAGAACAAGCUGAAACAUCUCACCAUAGUAAGCUUGGCUGCAAGAAUGAAGUGCAUUCCAUAUUCCAUGCUUCUGAAAGACCUUGAUAUAAAAAACCUCAGAGAAUUGGAGGAUUUAAUUAUUGAAGCAAUUUAUACUGAUAUAAUACAAGGCAAACUCGAUCAGCGAAAUCAGCUGCUUGAGGUUGACUUUUGCAUCGGCAGAGAUCUCCAAAAGCAAGACAUCAGCAACAUUGUUAAAACUCUUCAGGAAUGGUGUGAUUGUUGUCAAGCGGUUCUACUGGGUAUUGAACAGCAAGUCCUCCGCGUAAAUCAGUACAAAGAGGGCCACACAAAAACUCAGCAGCAGGUAGAAACAGAGGUGGCGAACAUAAAGAAGACCUUGAAGGCAACCGCUUCUACCUCAGCGCAAGAUCCUGAUCAGCAUCCUAUGGAUCGUGACACUCCACAGCUUGUUGAACAACGUCCAUCUACAAAGAAAUUGUCAAAAGCUAAGAGUUUAUCAUCUAGUCGUCAUUAAAACCUCAUAUUGGCAGGAUUAUCCAGUACUUUUAAGAAAACCGAGAAGAAAUGAAUAUAUAAUGAACAGUGCAAUGCUUCUCAUAAAUGACACUUGAAAAAGAUUUAAGUAACUUUUCCUGUGCAUUUGAAAUCUUUUUGUAAUAUAUAGUUUUUUUUAGUAGGUAUCUCAGGUGACUACUGAAUCAGCUUUUCUUAUUAAAUGGGACUAGUUACAAACUGACUUCUGAAGUGAUGUGCAUGCAGUAAAGCUUUGAUCAUUAUUCCCUUCACUGACUGAAAAGCCAAAAUAAUAUGGCAGUAGGCAGAAUACUACAAAAGCUACUCUCUAGUGGUUAAAGAAUCCCUUGUGUUAGACGAUUCUGAAAAUAUUUUAGUAGCAACUAAUAACUUGUAUUUUAUCAAAAACUUUAGGUCAAAUCUUGUGUGCAAUAAUCUCAAAAUGAUGCACUUCAAAAGAGUAUGAUUGCCCAGAAAAACAUAUUGAGAUGAAUAAAUAACAUUGGGUUCAUUGUAAUUAAUUGUGUCUGACAAUACAGCUAAUAUUUCAAAUAUUUGCUUUGAAUGGAAAUUCUCAAACUAAAGUUGCUAACUGUAAAAACUGGAGAUUGCCAUCUGAAGCAAAUUGCUUUUUAAGAAUUAGAUAUGAAUUGGAUGCAUAACUUUGUGGAUAGGGAAUCAUAUUAGUUCUAUUCCAAAAAUGUGGUUGUCUUUAUUCAAUGAAAACAAAACUAAUUUAUAAAACUGGUUAGAAGUUUAAGAGACAAUAUUUUGUUGGUGAUUCAUGUCUCAAGUCAUUCUGCCCACUUCAAUCACUCACCAGAAAACACCAGAAAAAUAAUUAAUCUUGAGAUUUUGCUGGUGGAACCAAUUUGGAGCUCGGUAUUGUACUUAGCACUAAUUAUAAUCUAUCUUGCAAGCAAUGUGCUCACUGGUUUGUAAUGAAUAUUUAUUUUCUUAACUUUAACCAGGAAAAAGUAAAAAAUAUCUUUUUCCUUGGGACAUUACUCUCAUCAGCAUGAUUAAACUCAUUUUCACAAAUGGAGUAGACUUCAGUUUAGUGAGGGGACAAAAGAAAUCAUUUAAAUCUAAAAUAAAAACAGAAAAUGUGGAAAUACUCGAGUCAGGCCGUAUCUGUGGGAAAAGAAACAGAGUUAACGUUUCAGGUCCAAGAUGCUUUGUCAGAAUAUUACUGAAGUCUGCUGUCUUGACACGGUCUCUGCAUUCAGCUGAUGUGUGAAGGAAAUUUAAAUAUAUAACUGAGAAAGACAGCAUUUAAAUAAGAGAGUUAAAACAUAAGAAAUUGUUGAAUAGGCAUGUGGUUCCUCAAGCCUGCACCACCAUACAGGAUCCUAUGCCUCAGUCCACUCACCCAUCCAAUUCUUAUUUCCUUUGAUUCUUUCAGUGUCAGAAAAUCCACUGAUC